AAGAGAAAGAAAAAGAGUGAAUACAAAGAAGGGAAAGAAAGAGAAGUAGGAGUAGUGGGUGGUUGUCUGCAGAAGAAAAAAGAGUAAAAAAGGAAGUCCCUUUCAGUAUUUAGUCCUCUCUUCUACAGAGGAAACAAAAAAAAAGGAAAAAAAAACCCUAGCUUUUGCUUAAACAUCAUGUGGGGGUUGUCAUAAACAAGUAAAGUAGCUUCUAACUCUUCAACAUAUGCAUUCUUGUUAAGAUAUUUUAUGUUCCCAGAUCUGAAAAGAGUCCCUUUUUGCUCUCAUUAUUGUUGGAUUUUGAGAAAAAAUGAGUUCUUUAAAGGAAAACUGAAGUGGGGUUGUUUUUUAAUGUUUGUGUAGCUUAAAGAUUGGAUUUUUAUGACUUUGUGUUAGGAAUUUGAGGUUUUGGGGGUUAUUUGGAGGAGCUCAUUUUCCAAGAAAGUUUUGGGGGUUUGUUUUUGUGGUGGUUUGAUUGGGGUUUGGGGGUGGCAUCUUCUUGGGAUUUGAAUUGGAUGCAUUGAUUUGGGAGGUUCUUUUUUUUUGCAUUGCAUUUUGGUGGUGAAGGCAGGAAGUACUGGCUUUUCUGUUUGAUGUGUAUGGUCUGGAAGUUGAAAGAGCAAGGAUUGAAGUGAUUUUUGUUGGAAUCCCUGGUGUUGUUACAUUGUGUUUUCAGCUAAUAACAGUUAUUGUUUCUGGAACAUUGUGAAAAGUUUGAGCAUUUUCUUAGUUGUUGGGGAAGUGAUCUAGAUUAAGUAGUUGAUUACUUGGAGCAAAGGAGCUCCAUUGGUGGAAAAUUUGGUCACUUUUUCUCUGCUUUUGCUAAUUAACAUCCAAAUAUUUGCACUGGAGUGGCUAGGAGUUCCUGGAGCUGUCACCAUGUCUUCCUUGAGUAGGGAACUGGUUUUCUUAAUCCUCCAGUUUUUGGAUGAGGAGAAGUUCAAAGAAACAGUUCAUAAGUUGGAGCAAGAAUCUGGUUUCUUCUUCAACAUGAAAUACUUUGAGGAACAAGUGCAAGCUGGUGAAUGGGAUGAAGUUGAGCGAUACCUUAGUGGGUUCACAAAGGUUGAAGACAACCGCUAUUCAAUGAAGAUCUUCUUUGAAAUAAGAAAGCAAAAAUAUCUUGAAGCUCUUGACAAGCAUGAUCGAGUAAAAGCAGUUGAGAUUCUUGUGAAGGACCUUAAGGUUUUUGCUUCUUUUAAUGAAGAUCUCUUCAAGGAGAUCACCCAGUUAUUGACUCUUGACAAUUUUAGGCAGAACGAGCAGCUCUCCAAAUAUGGGGAUACAAAGUCGGCAAGAAAUAUUAUGCUGGUAGAACUAAAAAAGCUUAUCGAGGCAAACCCUCUGUUCCGUGACAAGUUAGCUUUUCCCUCUUUCAAAGCUUCACGACUGCGGACAUUGAUUAAUCAAAGUCUUAACUGGCAGCAUCAGCUAUGCAAGAAUCCACGUCCAAAUCCUGAUAUUAAAACACUUUUUACUGAUCAUACUUGUGCUUCUAGCAAUGGAACUCGGCCUCCUCCUCCUGUAAAUACGCCUCUUGCUGGACCAGUUCCAAAGCCUGGGGCAUUUCCUCCACUUGGAGCACACAGUCCAUUCCAACCAGUUGUUUCACCUUCACCAAGUGCCAUCGCAGGGUGGAUGUCAAGUGCAAACCCUUCUAUGUCUCACACUGCUGUUGCUCCUGGUCCCCCUGGACUCGUGCAGGCUCCUGGCGCUGCUGGCUUUCUAAAACAUCCAAGAGCUAACCCAGGCGGUCCUGGAAUGGACUUUCAAAUGGCCGAAUCAGAGCAUUUGAUGAAACGAAUGCGUGCUGGUCAAUCUGAUGAGGUAUCCUUUUCUGGUUCAACUCAUCCUCCCAAUAUGUAUUCACCGGAUGACCUUCCCAAAACUGUUGUGCGGAAUCUUAGCCAAGGAUCUAACGUUAUGAGCAUGGAUUUCCAUCCACAACAACAGACUGUUCUUCUAGUGGGUACCAAUGUUGGUGACAUUAGCAUUUGGGAAGUUGGAUCUCGAGAACGGUUAGCGCACAAGUCCUUCAAGGUUUGGGAUAUAUCUGCAUGCUCAAUGCCAUUCCAGUCAGCUUUGGUCAAAGAUGCCACUAUAUCAGUCAAUCGAUGCGUGUGGGGUCCAGAUGGUUCUAUACUUGGUGUUGCCUUUUCGAAGCACAUUGUUCAAAUCUACACAUACAGCCCAGCGGGAGAAUUGAGACAGCAUCUAGAAAUUGAUGCUCAUGCUGGUGGUGUUAAUGAUAUUGCAUUUUCCCACCCUAAUAAGCAACUCUGCAUAGUGACGUGUGGGGAUGACAAGACAAUCAAGGUCUGGGAUGCAGUAAGUGGUCGUAGGCAACAUAUGUUUGAGGGGCAUGAAGCUCCUGUAUAUUCUGUCUGCCCUCACUACAAAGAGAGUAUCCAGUUUAUUUUCUCUACGGCCAUUGAUGGUAAAAUUAAAGCUUGGCUGUAUGAUGGCAUGGGAUCAAGAGUAGAUUAUGAUGCUCCUGGUCUUUGGUGCACAACAAUGGCAUAUAGUGCUGAUGGAACCAGACUUUUCUCUUGUGGGACAAGUAAAGAAGGUGAAUCCCACCUCGUAGAGUGGAAUGAGAGUGAAGGAGCAAUCAAGAGGACAUUCUCUGGCUUUAGAAAGCGUUCAUUAGGUGUUGUGCAGUUUGACACAACGAGAAAUCGUUUCUUAGCUGCGGGUGAUGAGUUCCAGAUAAAGUUUUGGGAAAUGGAUAAUACCAACAUGCUUACAGCUACUGAUGGCGAUGGUGGAUUGCCUGCCAGUCCUAGACUAAGAUUCAAUAAGGAAGGCUCAUUGCUGGCUGUCACGACGAGUGAUAACGGAAUCAAGGUUCUGGCAAACACUGAUGGACAGCGAAUGCUGAGGAUGCUGGAGAGCAGGGCAUUUGAGGGUUCUCGUGCGCUUUCUGAUGUCAAUGUUAAGCCACCAAUUGCUGGUUCCUUAGGUCCAAUUCCUAAUAUAUCUGGGUCGGCACCUCAAAUCAUUGAACGUAGUGAUAGAACUCAGCAAUCAAUGUCUAUUGGCAAUCUGGCCGCCAUGGAAAGCAGCAGAGUUCCCGAUGUAAAACCUAGAAUUGCAGAAAAUAUGGACAAGAUUAAAAGCUGGAAAUUCUCCGACAUUGCUGACUCAUCUCAACUUAAAACGCUAAAGUUGCCAGACCCUCUGUCAGCCAGCAAGGUACUGCGGCUGCUCUAUACUAAUUCUGGUCUUUCUGUGCUGGCACUGGGCUCUAAUGCCAUUCAUAAGCUCUGGAAAUGGCAGAGAAAUGAGCGAAAUCCAUCUGGAAAGUCCUCCGCUGCAGUUGUUCCACAACUGUGGCAACCGACAAAUGGAGCACUCAUGUCUAAUGAUGUCGGUGAUGCGAAAUCAGCUGAAGAUGCAGCUGCAUGUAUUGCUUUAUCUAAAAAUGAUUCUUAUGUCAUGUCUGCUUCUGGUGGGAAGGUCUCCUUGUUUAACAUGAUGACCUUCAAGGUGAUGACAACUUUCAUGCCACCACCCCCUGCAGCCACCUAUUUGGCAUUUCAUCCUCAAGAUAACAAUGUUAUCGCUGUAGGAAUGGAGGACUCCACUAUCCAGAUAUAUAAUGUUAGGGUUGAUGAGGUCAAAAUCAAGCUCAAGGGUCACCAGAAACGAAUCACAGGCCUUGCAUUUUCACAGAGCUUGAAUGUACUGGUAUCUUCAGGUGCAGAUGCACAGCUAUGUAUCUGGAGUGUUGAUGGCUGGGAAAAGAAAAAAGCAAGGCCUAUACAAGUGCCGCCAGGUCACCAAGCUCCCUUAGUUGGAGAAACUAGAGUCCAAUUCCAUAAUGACCAAUCUCAUAUACUAGUAGUUCAUGAAAGCCAAAUUGGAAUCUAUGAUACCCAGCUUGAAUGUCAACGUUCAUGGUAUCCAAGAGAUUCACUUUCUGCUCCCAUUUCAAGUGCUAUAUACUCAUGUGAUGGUCUGCUGAUCUUUACUGGAUUCUGUGAUGGUGCAAUCGGAAUAUUUGAUGCAGACAGUCUCAGACUUCGAUGUAGAAUUGCACCCUCAGCUUACUUAUCUUCAAUUGGCAGGUACAGCGGCGCUGCAUUUCCUGUAGUGAUAGCAGCACAUCCAUCUGAUUCCCAUCAAUUCGCUCUUGGUAUGAGUGAUGGCACAGUGCAUGUGAUCGAGCCAUCAGAUGCAGAGCCCAAGUGGGGUGGUUCAUCGUCUCAAGAUAAUGGAGCUAUGCCUUCUAUUCCCUCAAGUUCUGCAUUGAAUAGUCAGCCAUCAGAAACACCUUCAAGGUGAUGAUACAUUCAACAUGAUAGAAAGAUUAUGGUGCUCACACUGUUCUUUUUAGAUCCUAAUAUUGUAAAGUUCUAAAAAUAGCUUAUUCUUUUCUAUCUAUUUUGACUAUUCUUUUGGAUAGAAGUCAUUGUACAUCUUUGAUCAGCAGCAUUUGUAGCCAAGCCAUUUUUAAAAAAAAAUUCUGUUUCUCAAAUGUUUCAUUGAUUUCUUCCAUCUUGUUUUCUUCUGCUAAGUUCUGAAUCAUUUGAUAACUU